AUGCCCUCCCCACCCUCGCGCUGGUUCCAUCAUGGAACAGACCCUGGCACCAUCAUAACCCUCGAUCAACCCGUCCCUUCGCGAUGGAAGAUUCUAGAGAAGCUGAAUGAGCACGACUUCCAGGUUAGCGAAGAGAUGAGCAAACACUAUGGAUCCCAUUCUUUGGCCACGACUAAACUCCUAUGUUGCGAUCCAACAAACCCCACAAAGAAAGCCUUCAUACGAGUCUAUCUUCAGGUUCCUUAUCUGAAUACUGAAAUGAAAGAUCCGAAGACCAGAGCCCUCCAGGCCACAAAAUACACACCUCGAGAAUUGACCGCCUACCAGGAGUUCACUCGGAAUGGAUUCCGCAACGCACCAAAACUCCUAGGAUUCAAAAUCAGUACUCAGGAUAAGUCAGGGCUAGUCCCGAAGGGAUUUGCGAUCUGGCUAGCGUGGGAAGUGGUCCCAGGGUUGCGCCUUGGCGACAAGCAUGGGGAUGAUCCAUUCUGGACUUUAAUGCCCGUUGAGAGAGAAAAAGUCCGCAUGGCCUUCUUAAAGACUCUUCCCACGGUGCUAGAGAAAGGGUAUUCACCUGAUGCGCCUAGUCUUUCGAAUCUAGUCUGGCACAAGCAGACAGAGACCCUUUACUUCAUCGGGUACUUCUAUGGCAUUGAUGACGGACCUAAACGCCGGAGCAACAUAGAGGUCGGUCCGGAGUGGCUAGCGCACUACAAGCUCGCGAAACCUUCUUCGGACAAAUGGCUUAAAAAGGACUGGGAUGGGAAUACCACAGGCUGGGAAAUGUAG